ACGUGGCUUCAUCUGAACCGUUAACAUUCAUUCCUCUCUUAAACUCUAUAAGUGACCCCCCCAGAAGACAAAAAAAUCUCUCAAAUCUCAAUCCAUUUGUCUCGUUGACAUGUCUUCCUCCGGCGAAAUUGGUGGCGCCACCGCCGUGGCACCACCGCCACCUUCUCAGCCACAGAUGUAUUACUGUCACCAGUGUGAGCGCACGGUCAGGAUCGCCCCGUCUUCUUCCAUCGAACUGGCUUGCCCCACUUGUAACGGUGGCUUUCUUGAAGAACUCGAAACUAACCCUAACCCUAACCUUAAUUCCCACUUUAGUCAUCCUUUCGAUGCCUUCUUCCAAGGCGAUCUCAGUACGCUGUUGGGCAUGGGUCCUACUCCGACUCGUUCCUCUUUCACUGUCACGGACCCGGCCGAGUUCAACCCCUUCGUUUUUCUGCAAAAUUAUCUUCAAACCCUGAGGGCAGGUGGCGCGAAUAUCCAGUUCGUCAUCGAAAACAGCUCUUCAAUGGACCCCGUCGGUGGAGGGGCGGCUUUUCGGCUCCCAGCAAAUCUAGGGGAUUACUUCGUUGGGCCGGGCCUCGAGCAGUUGAUCCAACAAUUGGCGGAGAAUGAUCCUAAUCGAUAUGGGACGCCUCCGGCUUCGAAGUCGGCCAUUGAGGGGCUACCAAAUAUCAAGAUAUCAGCGGAAUUGAUGGGCUCGGAUUCAUCUCAGUGCGCUGUGUGUAAGGAUAGUUUUGAGUUCAAUGAAGUUGCGAAACAGAUGCCGUGUAAACAUAUAUAUCACUCGGAUUGUAUUAUGCCUUGGCUUGAGUUGCAUAAUUCUUGUCCCGUUUGUCGGUAUGAGUUGCCCACGGAUGAUCCUGAUUACGAGCAACGGCGUAAUGGGAAUAAUAAUAACACAAAUAUUAGUACUAAUAAUAUUUUUGGGAUCGGUGGUGGGAUCGCUGCUGGUGGUGAUGGUCAGAAUGGUGGAGGGAAUCCUGAGACUCCAAGGACGCUGGAGCGCAGUUUUAGUAUCUCCUUGCCAUGGCCAUUUACAGCGUUUGGUUCACCUGCCGGGACAAGCCGUGGGAGUGGGAGCAAUGAUGGAGAUUUGAACCCUGGGAAUAGAGGCUCAGAGCCCAGACAAGAAGAUCUUGACUAAGAAGGAUCUUUGGAAUGGAAAGUGAUUCGAAUCUGCAACUGCUGGUGAGUCACAUAGAAGAGAGAUGUUUCGAUUGAAUGAUCACAAAUGCAUAUUUUCGUGUAUGGAUGAUAAUCAUAGGUAAAAUGUCCAUUAUGAUGUUAGUAUGAAGAAUUCUUUAUAGUUUCAAAAUUCUAUGAGAAUUUUAUUGUGUAUCAUUGGUUUGCAUUUUUGUAAAAAAAUCUUAUCUUCUUUGGACCCGUUUUAUACUUUCGAAAUAUCCGUUUUACUUUUGCUGAA